AUGGCCAAUCUCUUGCGAGACCAAGCAAGUCAGCAGAUCCGACGUUUACAGCGCGAGAGUCAGACUGGCCAUGAGUUUCAUAUCUUCUGGGUGCCUCGUCGGACCCUCGUCUCCGACAAACUGCUAGAGGAGGCUGGCGUCUUGGGCGAUGUCAACAUUUCUGAGCUGCCACUAUACUUCUUUCCCCUGGAGAAAGACGUUCUUUCACUCGAGCUAGACGAAUCUUUUCGCGACCUCUAUCUCUCCAAAGACGUAACGCCGUCCUUUCUGCUCGCCAAAGCUUUGAUGGAAAUCCAGCAGAAUCAUGGCUUGUUCCCCCGGAUCAUCGGCAAAGGCGACAACGCGAAACGAGUAGCCGAGCUCCUGGCACGGAUGCGACAAGAGAUACUUGCUGGUGAAGAUGCGAACGAAACGAAUCGAGGUGGCUUGACACCAAGCACACUCACCGAAAGUGUUAUAAUAAUCGAUCGCGAAGUGGACUUCGUCACUCCUUUGCUAACCCAACUAACCUACGAGGGACUCAUUGAUGAGGUAUUUGGCAUUCAAAACAACCAAGCUGAAGUCGAUACUACCGUGGUCGGUGCCCCGUCUCAGUCUUCGGCAACUAGUGCGCAGGCCAGAAAACGAAAGAUUCAGCUGGAUUCCUCCGACAAGCUAUACGAGCAACUGCGGGAUACCAACUUUGCUAUCGUUGGCAGCCUACUCAACAAAGUUGCUCGCCGCCUACAGAACCUGCAAAAGGACUACGAGGGUCGGAAUAGUCACAAAUCGAUCGCCGAACUCAAAGACUUUGUCAGUAAGCUGCCAGGAUACCAGGCCGAACAGCAAAGCCUGAGAAUUCAUACGGGCUUGGCGGAAGAGAUUAUAAAGUAUACGCGGACAGACCAGUUCAAGGGUCUUUUGGAAGCGCAGCAGAACCUAGCGGCUGGCGCGGACCCGUCAUCGCAGUUCGAUGCCAUUGAAGAGCUGAUUGCUCGAGAUACACCAUUGCCGGAAGUUCUACGGCUGCUUUGCAUCUACUCGUGCAUAUCAGGCGGUAUCAAACCCAAAGAAUUUGACCAGUUCCGGCGACUUAUUCUGGAGGGCUAUGGCUACCAACAUAUCCUGACUUUAAACAACCUCGAGAAGCUUCAAUUGUUCCUGUCACGAUCUUCCCCAUUGGCGGAAAUGAUUCCCAUGGCUGGCGCCGGCGGUAACAACACGGGGACGAAGACGAACUACACUUACCUCCGUAAACUUCUGCGUCUCAUUGUUGACGAAGUCCAGGAAGACGAUCCCAAUGACAUCGCAUAUGUAUACAGCGGAUACGCGCCGCUGUCGGUCCGACUUGUCCAGUGCGUAUUGCAGAAGCAGUACUUGCUCAAAGUCACGAGAGGGAACGGCGUCAGCGGUGCACCGGGAGGAUCCGCUGCACAGGGCUGGCACGGGUUUGACGAAGCUAUCAAGCACGUUCGUGGGCAAACGUUUUACGAAUUGCAGAAGGGUGAGGAGAAAGCCGUCAAGGCUCGUGCGCUUUUGUCGGGAGGGGCAGAAAAGCAGACGGUAUUCGUCGUGUUUGUCGGAGGCAUAACGUUCACUGAGAUCGCUGCUCUGCGGUUCAUCGCGAAGCAGGAAGAAUCUCGAAGAAACAUUAUCAUCUGUACGACGUCGAUCAUAAACGGGGACCGAAUGAUGGACGCGGCGAUCGAGAAGGAGUCGUUCGCAAGAGACAAUGUCAAGCCUGCAAGUCCAACACUGUGA